UCUGGCUUUACCUUUUAUUGCUACAUCACAUCCGAGCCUCUGCAUCUCCCUUUUUGCAUCCUCUUAAACUGAGUAGAUAGUUGUCUUAUUCCUCCGUCCACUCUGGAGUGCUAAUUUAUUUAUUUUUAUUUCACACAGCAUCGUCUCCACACCUCUCCCUGCACAUGACUCAACUGUUCUUUGCUUUCCGUCCCAUCACUCCCCCCAUCUGCCCGUGUCUUUGUCUCUCUGUCCUUCCAUCUGUCGUGCUCUCUUCCCUCUCUGUCUUAUUCGCCAAAGUCAACAAAAUAUGAGUGACCACGCAUGCAGUCCCCCCCUACCCUCCACACACACACACACACCUCUUCACUGUCCAGACUGCUCCUGCGUCAUUUGCUGGACAAACACUUACAGAAACAGCACAUAUGAAUUUGUAAUGAGCAAAAAGAGAGAGAAGGGCAGGGGGGCUUCCCAGACAGAAGUAGAGGACGAAGAAGAAAGAUAGGGAGGUAGGAUAGAAAAGGAAAGUAAAGAAGAGAGCAAGUGUUGAUAUGAAACUGAAGCGAGACAAGGGGAUUUAGAGCGAAGGUGUGGUGGUGUUACAGAUAUAGAUGCAACUCAAAUGAGAGCUGUAGAUAAAAGGAGCCACUCUCAUUUGUUUCUCCAGGGAAAAGGGGAAUUUGGGGGGGGGAGGAAAUGAAGCAAGGGGAGCAAACACAAAAAGAGGGAAUAGAGGAAGAUGUUGGGAUGUGAGUCAGAGUGAACAGAAAUAGGAAGAAAUAGGUGCAGAGAUGACUGAGGGGCGGAUCAAUACAGAGAGACGACAUAGAAAGAGGUGGAGACUCAGCAGCAGCGGCUCGACUGCGAAGGAAAACCCUCAGCUGUUUUUUUUUCUUCUCCAGGAUUGUUUAAUAUCGGUGUACGUGCGAUUGUGUGGUGUGCAUUUUUUGUGUGAUCAGUGUGAGGGAGGUAGGAGGAGGAGGAGGAGGAGGUGAUUGAGAUGGAGAUGGAGAGAGGAGAGAGGGAACCGCUGCAGUGCAUUGUUAGGCUGAGUGCACACAGGAGAGGGAGACAGAGAGAGAAUCCCCCAUUUUAGCUCAACAAUAUUACGGCAGUGCAGAGAUAUCUACAACAAUGGCAGCCCGGCCCUCUCGGCACACUGCUAUUGAUCUCGUAGUGGCAACCCAAUACACACACUGUCAAUCUAAUUGUUGUUUUAACCUCUCAUUAGAUUAUGGUUGUUCUGAUCUUUCUCGGUUACAAAUUAUCAAAUCACAUUGUCUUUGUCAGUCCCAAUAACUUAGGUAAAUGUGAUAAUGGCUUGCAAAUUGGAUUGAUAUCUCAUAUUAAAGGUAACAUAUUGGUGAUAUUGAUACUUAUUAUUAUUACUAAAAAAAAAAAUCUGUUUAAAUAAUGCUAAUAAUGCCUCUUCUCAUCUUUAUUUAGUCCUAAUCUAUUUCCCUCAGGCAUACUGACUUACUAACCGGAUCUCUUCUAAGACACUGCACCGGAGAGAGAGAGAGCAGAGGGGAGAGAGAGAGAGAGAGAGAGAGAGAGAGAGAGAGAGAGAGGGAGAGAGAGAGGGAUCGAGCAAGCGCAGGAGGGAGAGAGGAAAAAAAGAGAGAGCACAGGAGAGCAAGAAAAAGAAGCGCUAGAGCCGAGAGAACGAGAGAGUCGCAGGAGGAAGAGGGAGAAUGCACGGCGUCUGGGUAACACUUCCACGCUUGUAUCCAGGGCCUUUGUGAAUACACCAUGGGAUGCAUCGGCUCCAGGACACUGACGGGAGACGGUGGUGUGCCAAUCCAGAAGGAUGGCGAGCAGCAUGGACCUUCAGAAUUUUCAUGGGAAGGAAUCAAUUUGUCUAUGGAAGACACCACGUCAAUCCUGCCUAGGCUCAAGAGGAACUCAAACGCCUACGGCAUCGGGGCUCUGGCUAAGUCUUCUCUGUCAGGUGUGUCAGUUAGUCGCACCAUGAAGGAGAGAGUGACCAAACCAACAGGCAUGGCCCAGGGUCGGGUCGCUCACAUGAUCGAAUGGCAGAACUGGGGCAUGACGACGGUGGGUUCGGGGGGACCCCAGCCCCGCAUCACUACCCAGGAGCGGGAAAAGGAGCGGCGGCUGGAGAGCGACGCAUACAGUGACCUCAGUGAGGGAGAGAAGGAGGCUCGUUUCACUGCAGGUCUCCUGCAGCAGUUUGCGAUCUCAGAGGCAACACUUAUGGCCUGGACAUCACUGGAUGGAGAUAGUCCGCGGUCGGGAUCAAACCAGGGCAGUGUGGCUCAUCUGAGUGAGGUCAACCAGGAGAGCAUCACCAGUCGAGAUCAGAUAUUGCACCACUCCUCAGCAGAGGUGUGGCCUCACACAUACGUCGCCCAGGGCCACUACUGCCUCUCCUCCUCUGAUGCCUGGGAGCCCAUCAACAACGAUCUCUCCGGCGUGGCGUCUCCCCCUGCUGGCUCCUACAUUAUGGGGUCUGCUGAUGGGUACGACGGACAGGCUCGCUUCCUGUCACAGCCGCAGCCGCAGCAGUACACUCUCCAGCAGCAGAAUCAGCUACAGCAGCUGCAGCAGAUCCAACAGAUCCAGCACUACCAGCAACAGCAGCUCCUGCAGUAUCAGCAGCAACAGUCUCUGGAGCAACGGCUGCACAGCGCCAACCAGUCUUUGCAUUCGACGCCCAACAGCACCAUCCACAGCCUGGUCCAUCCCGCUCACCCGCCGCUGGUGGAUCUGUGGAACACGGGGCAGAUGGAGGCCUAUCAGACGGACAUCGGAGGCUACAUGGGUGUGGCGGCGGUGGUGGAGCCGAGCCUCUGUGUUCCCUCUGGAGAAGAGAUGGGAACGGAGCACUCCCCGCUGCUGGAGCAGCAGGAGGAGGACGAGGUCAAGGAGGACGAGAUGACACUGUGCAUGGAGCCAGAGUUCGCCUCGUUGACUCCGCCCACGCAACAAGGGGAUGCCUCUGGUGGCAGUAGUCCGGGGCAACCGCCGGCUGAGCCAAUCACAGAGCGGAAGUCCUCCGAUGUCACCUCCAGCUUCGUGCAGACGAGAGAGGAGAAGGAGGAGGAGGAGGGGCAGGGGCCAGCCGCUUCCAUGGCAACCAACUGAGUACCUGGAUGUCAAGAGACUCCUUAUUAUGAACUGACUAGGGAGUCAGCGAGGAAAGAACAUAAUAAUACAAUAUAUAUCUAUUAAUCUGUUCCUUUUCAGGUAUCAAAAACUUUUUGGUUGAGAGAUGAACUCUACAAAAAUGGUGAAAAACAGAUUUGGAGGUGGACUCACAAUGAGCUGAUGCAACAAAGGACACCUAUUUCUUUGUAAGCCCUACAUCCCAAAGGUAACUGAAGAGGAGUGAGGACGGAGAAACUGAAGAAGAGGAGGAGAAGGAGGAGACACUUCCACCAGGAAAAUGACAACCACGUUGACAUGAAGAGGAGGGGAAAGGAAACAUGCAUGCUUUUUAUGAAGACAAGCAACUCGACCCUGUCAUCGUCUUACAAUAAUAAUGAAAAUCUAUCAUAAUAAAACAUUAUAAUAAGAAUAAUUUUGUAAUAAAGCAAAAAAAGGAACAAAUCUAUGUAUAAGUGUAUGAUAAGAUAUAAUGGUUUUCCUGUGGGAGAACUACUCUGUUUACAGCUGUUACUCAACAUGUUAGAUAGCGUUUAAUCAGAUUAAUUUCCCUGUUGCAUCAAACACAUGCAGUAAACUUUAGGAAAUGGCAACCCAGAUAAUUUCACGUGUAAUUAAAAGUCAGCGUUUCAGUGAAAUGCAGAUUAACCCUCUAAAAUAAUGACGUUGUGGCACCAGGAUGCCCGAGGCACAACCCAGGGACAGGCCUGUCCUGCUGACUGCACACACUUCAAACUGCACAGAUAAGGAUUGUACUGUAAGAUAGUGUGCUUCCUACUGUUUCUCUGUAUGCAUGUUUCUUCAGAGCACUAUGGAGUACCUGUAUCAUACAGCACUGUAUAGACUUUGCACUGAACCAGAGUAUCCCAGGUGGGGCCGCAGUGGGCCUGCGGUGAGAGGAAUAAAAGACAGAGCUGCAUAAGCGAAUCUCUUUUUGCACUGAUGCAAUCCAACAGAUCAGAGGUUGCCUUUGAACUGUUGACGUUCCCACUCUGACAACCAAAACCGAGCCACUUGACAACACAAACCCUCAACUGCUUUUUUUUUUUUUUUUCAUAGACGUAGUCGAGGAUGAUAACCACUAUUUGAAUGUACUGGAAGACGGAUGGCAGUACAUGAGCGUUUGUUUUGUUUUUGAUGUGUCCUCGCGGUCCACGUGGAGAGAGAGUCUUUCUUAAGAAACAAAAGAUAAACAAGUCUUUCAAAACGUGUGGGAUGAAGCUGUUGGAAAUGGAUUCACUGCUGGCUCCACCACUACACACACAUACACACACACAGAAAACACACAGAUAUCUAAAUUGUAACCAGCAAUAGACAGACAAAACACUGGCGUCCCAACAGACCAGUGUCCGCUCUGUCGUAUAGAUGUAAAUAUUCUGAGUAUAUAUAAAAAAAAUCGCCUCUCACUUACAGUCACAACUGUUCUAGUACAGUAUGAUUUCUUUAUUUUUUUACACCUCUCAGUCCCACUUUAUUUUGGGAAGCUUAAAAUGUUAGGCCUGAAUUUAGUUUUUCGUACCGCUACACAAAGACAAAUGAAACGGAGGAAUGUUUGUGUUGUAAAUAGAGCGAUCACUCAAACUGGAGUGUUUUAUCAGCGGGGGGAAAACGAAGACGAACAGUAGUAGGUCCGAGUUCAACGGGGGGGAAAUUACAACCCGUGUGCUGCUCAAUCAGCCAAUCAGGGAAUAGAACAGAAGACGAGGAGUGAACACUUGAGCCGACUAGAUCAGUGUCUUCCUGCUCAUCGUGAUUACUGUGAAGCAGCUGCCUGGAGUGUGAUAGUGAAUCUAAUGAUGUUUGAGGAAGCAUGUUUUCAUUUGUUUUUUUCCCUUUCUUUCGCCUGAGGAAGAAGGAGUGUUUUCCAGUGAAGAGGUUAAACAGACAGUGAAGACUUUCUGUGCAUGACGGACUUUACAACAACACACUGUUUCCAUCUCUUUUCCCUCUGUUGGGGAGCACCUUCUCUCACUUUGAUGAUUGUGUGAGAAACUUUUAAGAUAAACAACAACAACAAAAAAA